GAUUGAGCAGCUGAGCAGUAUUAAAAGCGUAGAAGAAACGGAGUAGAGCAGUGCCCUGAUUUUCGUUGAAAAGUUGUGAGACGCCUGUUAGGGCGGUAAAUUGUUAAAAAAGAAAAGGAGUCAGCAAUAAACAUUAAUUAUGGCGGACCGUGCAGCCAUAAAAGAUAUCAUUCCGGCCUUGCCGGAUGAGAAAAUAGAUAUGCUUGCUGCUACUAGUAUUCUGCAACAGCAAGCUGCUGAUAUUAGGAAUCAGAGAAUUAAUUGGCAAUCAUAUCUCCAGUCUCAAAUGAUUUCUAAAGAAGAUUAUGACUUCAUUGUGGCCUUUGAUACCAGUGAUACUGCUACACGUGAAGCUAAAUUGAAAGAAAAUCCCAAUCAAGCUGCUAAAACCUUCUUAAAUUUGUUGGGUCAUGUUUCUAAGGACCAGACGAUUCAAUACAUCCUGACCAUGAUAGAUGACAUGUUACAGGAGGACCGUAGCCGCGUUGAAAUUUUCCGCGAACAUUCCUCUCGUAAACGUGAGUCUGUCUGGGGACCAUUCCUGAACCUGCUGAACCGUCAGGAUGGUUUUAUAAUGAACAUGACUUCACGUAUCAUCGCAAAGUUAGCAUGUUGGAGUCAUGAACUCAUGGAAAAAACCGACCUUCAGUUCUAUCUGACUUGGCUUAAGGAUCAAUUGAAACUUCACUUUGAGGCCCUACAAGAGGCAAGCUUGCAUGCGGAGGUAGUGCAGGACAUCACACCCGACGAGUCCGGGGAGGCCAAUGAGCUGCGCGAAUUGCUCAACCCGAAUAACGAGUACAUCCAAUCAGUAGCGAGAUGCCUGCAAAUGAUGCUGCGCAUCGACGAGUACCGUUUUGCUUUUGUAUCUGUGGACGGUAUCUCUACCCUGCUGAGUGUCCUGUCAGGAAGAGUCAACUUCCAAGUGCAAUAUCAACUGAUCUUCUGUUUAUGGGUCCUGACGUUCAAUCCUCUGCUCGCUGAGAAGAUGAAUAAGUUCAACGUUAUUCCCAUUCUUGCUGAUAUCCUGAGCGACUCUGUCAAGGAGAAAGUAACCCGCAUCAUCCUCGCUGUCUUCAGAAAUCUGAUUGAGAAGGUCGAGGAUGGCCAAGUUGCCAAGGAGCACUGCAUCGCCAUGGUACAGUGCAAAGUAAUGAAGCAAAUUUCCAUACUGGAACAACGCAAACUCGACGAUGAGGAUAUAACCGAGGAUAUCGAGUUCCUGAACGACAAGCUUCAGGCAUCCGUACAGGAUUUGAGUUCCUUUGACGAGUAUUCAACCGAGGUAAAGUCAGGACGACUUGAAUGGACUCCCGUUCACAAAUCUGGGAAAUUCUGGCGUGAAAAUGCUAGUCGUCUUAACGAGAAGAAUUACGAACUUCUACGUAUCCUGGUCCAUCUCCUCGAGACUAGCAAGGAUGCUUUGGUCCUGAGUGUCGCCAGUUUCGACAUUGGAGAAUAUGUCAGACACUAUCCCCGUGGCAAACAUAUUAUUGAACAACUGGGUGGAAAACAACGUGUUAUGCAGCUUCUUGGCCACGAGGAUCCCAAUGUACGAUACGAGGCACUUAUCGCUGUACAGAAACUAAUGGUGCACAACUGGGAAUAUCUUGGCAAGCAGCUAGAGAAGGAGCAGACUAGUGCUCCUGGUGCACCAGGGUCGCAAGUUCCUGCCAAAGCAUAGAUUACUGAUACUAGCACGACCGACGUCUCCACCCUGAGUUACCCUGAAAAUGUUUCCUGACUGGUACUCUCCGAAAGCUUAUUUAUUUAUAUCGUUUAUCUUUGCGCGAGACCCAUAUUCAUAAAAAAAAUCGUCAGGCCUUGCCAAAUUAUUCAAUGUAAUUCGACGACUACAUUCCAUUUUAUUUCUCAACUAUCUUCUCUUCGCGCCAUGAUACGAGUAUAUCUACAUGAAAGAUUUUACGAUCAAAGGUAAACGAUAUAGUAUUACAAGAUUAAUGUGUAAAAAGCACAAUGGCUACCCGGAAUAUUAAAGAAACACAAAUUAUCAGUCCAUACAGAUUAGCCGGUCUGUCGUUAUCAUAUACAUUUCUAACGUUACAAGCGAAUUAAAAAAAUUAAAUAAAGCAAUUCAUUCACUUCUGAUAUUCGAUGUUACUUCGAAAAAAAAGUAUUAAAACAAUUGUUAUGUACAUACGCGUAAAUAAUUUAGUUAUAAAUAUACAUAUAUGUAUGUGUAUGUAUAUAUAUAUAUACACACAUCUAUUUGGCUAGUGAUGUAACGCAAAUGGUGAUUGUGUCAUGUAAUUAUGCUCCUGUAAGUAGAACAUGAAGGAUUCGAUUGUAAAGCAACAUUGAGAAAAAAAGAAAUAAAAUAGCAUAACAGGUUAAA